AUGGCUUCUCUUCAAGUUCUCAAGUCAACCCUCUUCAUUUCUCUGCUAAUCCUUCAAUUUUCUUUAAUCAAUGGCCAUGGAGGAGGCGGUGAUGACGAUGGCGAUAGUGACGAAAAAGUAGAUUUGCAUGCAAAAGGUUUGAUUCUGGUAAAAAUUUGGUGUUUGAUAAUUCUUCUAGUGACUACAUUUGCUGGCGGUGUGUCUCCAUAUUUCUUUAGAUGGAACGAGAAUUUCCUUCUUUUGGGUACUCAAUUUGCCGGUGGAGUUUUUCUUGGGACGUCAUUAAUGCAUUUCUUGAGUGAUUCAGCAGAAACUUUUGAGAGUCUUACUUCUAAAACAUACCCAUUUGCUUUCAUGUUGGCUUCUUUUGGGUAUUUAUUGACUAUGUUUGGUGAUUGCAUAGUGAUAUUUGUUACUAAAGGUAUUAGCCAAAGAGAAGGUAGAGUUGAAGAGGGAAGGGUGGCUCCGAAGAGCGAUGAGGAUGCUGCUGUAGAAGCUGAUGCUAAUCCAGUUUUCUUGAAAACAACAUCUCUUGGUGAUACUGUUCUGCUCAUUCUUGCUUUGUGUUUUCAUUCAGUUUUUGAGGGUAUUGCUGUUGGAGUGGCAGGAAGUAAGGCAGAGGCAUGGAGAAAUCUUUGGACAAUAUCCUUACACAAAAUAUUUGCAGCCAUUGCAAUGGGAAUUGCACUUCUAAGAAUGAUACCAAAAAGACCCUUUUUAUUAACAGUAACAUACUCAUUUGCCUUUGCAAUUUCUAGUCCAAUUGGAGUGGGAAUAGGCAUUGCAAUUGAUGCAACAACUCAAGGCAAAGAUGCGGAUUGGCUCUAUGCAAUUUCGAUGGGAAUUGCUUGUGGAGUUUUUAUUUAUGUCGCAAUUAAUCAUCUUAUAGCUAAAGGGUUUAAACCACUGACUAAUAAGUUGUUUUUUGAUACUCCAUUUUUUAAGUUUCUUGCUGUUCUUCUUGGUGUUGGAGUUAUUGCAGUUGUUAUGAUUUGGGAUUAAUUAAUUGAAUGCCUAAUAUUUCUUGUA